AUGGAUUUUAGUGUAACUGGAGCUGAGAGUCCCAGUGGAAGUCGAGCAGAGAGUCUCAAUAGAGUCUCAGUGACACUGGAACAAAGGGUCUCAGCUACCACCAAUGAACAUGUGGGUGAAAGUGACGAGAAUGUGGAGCGAGGUAACUGGUCCUCGAAGGCUGACUAUCUUCUCUCGAUAAUUGGUUAUGCUGUGGGUCUGGGCAAUGUCUGUCGAUUUCCUUUCCUGGCUUACAGAAAUGGAGGAGGUGCAUUUCUGAUUCCCUAUGUUCUCAUGCUGACACUCGCUGGGAUACCAAUGUUUUUCUUGGAAACUUCCUUUGGGCAGUUUGUCAGCCUCGGACCCAUUGCAGUGUGGAAAGCUGUGCCAAUAUUACAAGGUGUGGGGAUUACAAUGGUGCUUUCAUCAACAUUUGCCACCAUUUCUUACUCCUGCAUCACCGCCUACACUCUGUACUACCUGUUUGCUUCCUUCCAAUCACCCCUGCCGUGGGCAGACUGCUUCAGUUGGUGGGGAGCAGAUGAAACAUGCAGCAGGACUCCCAAAGACCCACUCUGCAAUCUCACUCUGAAUGAUGGAUAUUUUGAAAUCGUUAAUACAACAUGGCUGCAGGCAAGCAAUGAAACUUGUCCGAAUGGAUCUGAAAUCUCCAUUCCUCACCAGGGUCCAAGUGAGCAAUACUGGGAUAAAGCAGUUUUACGACGAACCAGCUCAAUAGAUGAGACUGGGGAGAUAGUCUGGUAUUUAGCUCUCUGUCUGCUUCUGGUCCGAUUGAUGGUGGGGGCAGCGUUAUCGAAGGGAAUCAAAUCAUCAGGGAAGGUGGUUUACUUAACUGCAACAUUCCCAUAUGUGGCUUUGACUAUACUCCUGAUCCGAGGGCUGACACUGGAAGGAGCCUCGAAAGGAAUUGAAUUCUACAUCGGAAGCCAGUCAGACUUCUCCAAACUGGCUGAUGCUCAGGUUUGGAAAGAUGCUGCAACACAAAUUUUCUUUUCUAUUGCUGUAUCAAUGGGAGGCUUAACAGCACUUUCAUCUUAUAACAAAUUCCACAACAACUGUUACGCAGAUACCUUCAUUGUCUGUGUUGCUAAUUGUGCUACGAGUGUGUAUGCUGGAUUUGUCAUUUUCUCUGUCCUUGGACACAUGGCUCAUGUACAAGACAAGCCCGUUUCAGAAGUUGCACAGUCAGGUAUUGGUUUGGCUUUUGUUGUCUACCCAGAGGCCCUUGCCCACUUACCAUGGGCACCUUUAUGGUCCAUUUUAUUUUUCUUCAUGCUGCUUACUCUGGGAUUGGGCAGUGAGUUUGCAAACCUCGAAACAGUUAUAACAGCCAUCCAGGAUCAGUUCCCCAAAUUUCUACGAUCAAGGCGCCUUCUUCUGACAGCUGCUGUUUCUAUGAUAUUUUAUUUCCUCAGCCUUCUACUUGUAACACAGGCUGGGAUUUACUGGAUAAAUUUAAUUGACCAUUACUGCAUUGGAUGGGUUCUCAUUGUAUCAGCCCUACUGGAACAGAUGGGUCUAAGCUGGAUCUAUGGGCUGAACAGAUUCAUCAAGGACAUUGAGAUGAUGAUUGGGGAAAGGACUUGGCUCUUCUGGCUGUGGUGGAGAGUCUUCUGGUUUUUUAUCACCCCGUGUUUGAUGGCGGUAAUCUUCUUCUGGUCCUUAGCAACAUUCACCCGGCAAACACACGGACAUGUCGAAUAUCCUGGCUGGGCAACAGCACUGGGAUGGUGUAUGAUAGUCUUCAGUAUUAUGUGGAUUCCCGUUGUAGCAGUAUGGAAAGUAGUUCAAGCUGAGGGCUCCACCUUGUGCCAGAAAAUAUCUGCUGCUUGCACAUCAGCUCCUGAUUGGGGUCCCUACUUGAAACAACACAGAGGGGAAAGAUACAGGAAGAAGCUGGAUACUACAGAAGCACCUAACCCUAUGAAACUUCUGGUUACUUCUCAGAUAUGA